AUAAUUAUGCGUUUCUCUUCCGUAAGCGUUGCCGCCCUCUCCCUCAACUAUGACAUCUGGUUUGUCCAUGGAGGAAAGAACCCAAUUGGUUCGUAUGAGGUAUUGCAAGCCGGUGAUGGUACUGAAACCUUGCCAUAUGGCAAGGUGGAGACCCUGAAGCCAUUCUCUGGAAAAAUCUUUAUUGAGUCAAGUUCCGAUACCUUCUUGUCCGGUGCUGAGAAGAAAGAAGUCACCGUCGAGUUGUUUGCAGGUGUGGAGGAUGGUAGCCCAUGCGUAACAGGUGACAAGAUCGUCCCUUUCGAAGGUACUGACGGAAACGCAAUUCGAACAGACUACUCUGCCGCUUCUUCAUCCUCCUACCUUCCAUCCAAAAAAAAUGGAAUGAUCGGUACGUUGUAACUUAUGCUCUUUUCAUUAGCCAUGUGCAGUACCCGUCACGCACCGAAACUAAUGUUCCGUGUUUUUUUUAAUAUUUAUUUUAGGUACUUCUACGUUCUCUAUUGACGACAUUCGUGAUCCAAGACUGCCAUCUCAAACCUUUACUACCAGCGAUGGCGUGAAUGGGCUAAUCAAACUCUGUGAGUAGCAUAUUUUGUGGCUUGGUGCUUCUGCCUCGUGCAGCAACGGUGCCCGCAACAUUGUUUGUAAUAUUGAUUCCUAACUAAUUUUUCUUUCAUGGCCCGAUCCGAAAUAGGCGUUCGUACUUCCAUUAAAAAUCUAGCCGGUCUAGACUACGUAUCAUUUGUCGACUCCUAUGUGGAAGUGGACGUUGAUUUCACUGCCAGUUUCGAAAAUUUUGACCAAACAAUCUCGAUUGCUGGAACCACUGGCAAAGAAUUAGCUGACGAUCGUUCAAUGAUCAUCGAUGUUGAGUCCUUUGUGUGUGGCGACAGCGGCAUCAAUGACGGAAUGCCGUAUGAUUCAAACUACAAGAUUGGUCAAGAGUUCAAGGUUUGUGUGCGUCCCGUAGAAGAGUAUAGAACCAUCUAUAAAGUCAUUGGUUUUAAGGAUGUUGUCUGUGGCGAAGCCGACGCUGAACAGCAACUAGUUAACCAAAACGGUGAGGGAAAUGAUCUGAUAGAGAUCUUUGUGGGUGCUGAGGUUGCAGGAAGCAAGGACUCAAGUGGGGAGAAUGAAAUGGGAUUAAGUGCAGCAGCAUUUCGGAGUGUUUUAGUAGCACCCUAUUUUGGAGAAAAUCCAUCCACUGAUUCCUUUUUCUCGUGCAGUGGUAAAGUAGAAUUGGGGUCCUUCUCUCCACCCCCCCCCGCGGUUGACAGUUUCAACGAAUUUUUAGGUCAUGAUGCAUUUGGCAAUGAUCUCAAGGAAGUCGAAGAUACGAAUCGGGAAGGAGCGGCGAAUGCUUGCCUGGAAUUACCAGAAUGCGUUGGCUUCACGGAAUAUCUCGGACGUUUCUACCUCAAGUCUUCCAUAAUUAUGGAAUGGAAAGAAAGUGCUGAUUGGGGGGCAACUUAUAUCAAGAAGGACUACAAGUAUGCGCUUAACAAUUUCAAGUUUCUUCCACAUCAGGAUUUCUAUGGUAACGAUCUCGUGGAUGCGGAACUCACAAAACUCAGAAAUGAAGGUGUUGAUAUCCAACGAGCGGCGGAGGCUUGCAUGGAAUUAGACAAUUGUGUGGCCUUCAAUAAUAAUUUGUGGUUCAAGGAUUCUGUGCCUCCAAAAAGUGUAGAAGAUUUCGUAGAUGGGGGAACUUACGUAAAGAACGACAACCAUGAUGGUCGACACUUGACGGCAGAGUUCUCGUACAGUGGAGGCAUCGUGUCGUCUGAGGAAAUGUCCCGUGGCCUCCAAGAAGAUUCUUCCGAGGAAUUAGGUAAUAGUCCCUUUGCCACGACUAUUCGGCUUUCGAUCGAAGAUCUCAACGGAGGGAGCCUUUCUUCUCCUGCAUCCACUGUUGAAUGGAGCAGAAAAGUUGGUAUUGGAGUUGCCGCAGUUGGUUCAGUGGUUGCAUUGCUCUAAAGAAGUUUUUUUUGUGCCGUUUUGAAGGAGCAAAGCAAAGAGUACAAGAGGAGUGAAUACCGGACAGAGGCUGUGAUUAUAAGAGCUGGAUGGAGAGCUCAUAUUUCAACUAAAUAGAGAAUAAGAUAGUGA